AUGGUACAAUUCACUGCUGAGAAGGCUGCUGUUGCUAGCUUGUGGGGCAAGGUGAACGUGGAGGAGAUUGGAGGCGAGAUCCUAGGUAGGCUUCUGGUUGUCUUCCCAUGGACAAGAUUCUUUGACAGUUUUGGCAACUUGUCCUCUGACUCUGCAAUCAUGGGUAACCCCAGAGUCAAAGCUCAUGGCAAGAAGGUGCUGACUUUUUUUGGAAAAGUUGUUAUGCACAUGGAUGAACUCAAAGACACUUUUGCUAAGCUGAGUGAGCUUCACUGUAAUAAGCUGCACGUUGAUUCUGAGAACUUCAGGCUCCUGGGCAACGUGAUCUUGAUUGUCUUAGCAACUCACUUCAGCAAGGAAUUUACUCCACAGAUGCAGGCUUCCUGGCAGAAACUGACAACUGCUGUGGCUAAUUCUCUGGCCCACAAGUACCACUGA